AUGGACCCCACAGCCGCAAAGGCUCAUGUUCCAGCACCGGAAUAUUUCGAGUAUACGUCACGGGAUGCAAUCAUCUAUGCUCUAGGAGUUGGCGCUCAGACAAAGACCGACCUCCGGUAUGUCUACGAAAUGGCCGAGGAUUUUGUACCGUUACCAACUUUCAUCGUAGCACCGGGCCUUAAAGCUGCUGGUAUCAUGGACUGGCCAGGUAUCGAGUUUGACUUGGCACGAAUUUUGCACGGAGAGCAGUACAUUGAAGUGUACGGGCCAUUGCCGUCGGAAGCAAAACUGCGCUCAGAAGCGCGCGUUGUCGACAUCCUUGACAAGGGCUCUGGUGCAUUAAUCCUAUCCGAAGUCACCACUUAUGACAACGCCACCGGCAAAAAGCUGGCAAUGCAGCAAGUCUGUACCUUCCAAGUGGGCUCGGGCAAAUUCGGUGGUCCCAGAACUAGCUCACAUGAAAAACCAGCGGCCGAAAUACCAACCCGACAACCAGAUGCUGUAUUCGAAGAGAAGACCUCUGUUGACCAGGCAACCUUGUACCGAAUGGGCUCUGGCGAUCUCAAUCCACUUCAUAUUGAUCCGACAUUUGCCACCAUGUCAGGAUUCAAACAGCCAAUCCUACACGGCCUUUGCUCUAUGGGAUUCGCUGCUCGUCAUGUUAUAAGUGGAUGGGCAGAAAAUGACGCCACGAGAUUCAAAGCACUCAAGGUACGAUUUCAUCACGGUACAUACCUGGACAAGACGCUUGCGACGGAAAUCAUGCGAAGCGACGGAAAUCGAAUCAUUUUCCAAACGGAAGGUUAA